AUGACAGAGGACAAAGAUUUCAGACUUGGGAAUGCAAAAGUGUUGGUUGGCCGAUGGAAGAAAACUGGGAGCAGGCAACGGAACAGAACUGCUGGAGCUAGAUUUAUCCGAUGGUUCCAUGGCACCAUUUGUGCUGGUAACAGUGUUACUUCUGAAAGCAAGAGUUGCAAUGACACGCUGCAAUUCUUUCAUUCUCAGCUGGAACUCAAAUAUGCUCUGCAAAAAGCACUCAGCACUAAGUGUAUUCACUAUACUUCAAAGGGCAAAGUUUCAACUUAUGAAUACAUUUACUUGCAUCUCACUCGAUCUCCUCAGCUUGAUGCUAAAAAGACAGCAGAUUCUAGGAAAAAAAGCGUCAUCUCGAGAAAGGUCGGAAUCGGCGGCGUCGGAUACUCCGGAAAUAACGCCAGAGACUUCUUUCUCGACCGUGCGGUGGUUCGCGCGGAUCGUCUUCUUGACUCCGCCACUUUCGACGGAGAAGCAGCCGCGGUGGAGUGGCCGCCGUUGGGGAGUGGUAAGCGGAGGCAGAAUUGGGGUAUUCGCAGCACGGCAUCUGCUCUAAAAACAGCCUGGACCGUGUCGUGGGCAGGUCCGGCCCACCCUCCCCUCCCCCAUUCAAAUUAG